AUGGUUCCUGCCCCUAUUGACCCAUCUAUCACGGACGUGGCGGAGCCGCAGAAGGACACCCUUGGUCUCCCCGAAGCCGCAAAGGCAAGGUUGACCAAGGCUGGCGUGGACCUUUCCAACGGCUACCCUUAUCGCCCCUCUCGACCGCUGUACUUGCAGGACGCCAUCAACAUUCGCAACAAGGAGAGAGAGUACAUCGAUGCUGGAUCUCGGGCAGACAAGUCCAAGAAGAACCUGUUCAGCGCGGCAACCAAGGUAACAGACCUGACGGCGCACAUAGGCACAGAGAUCGAGGGCCUCCAGCUCAAAGAUCUCACCCCUGAACAGAAGGAUGAGCUUGCCCUGUUGAUUGCGGAGCGUAGCGUUGUGUUUCUCCGAGAUCAAGAUCUCUCGCCUCAGCAGCAAAAGGAGUUGGGUGAUUGGUUCGGAGAGGUCGAGGUCCAUCCCCAAGUCCCGCAGGUUCCCGGCGUUCUUGGCGCCACAGUCAUCUGGCCCGCCCUGUGGGCUACCGAGAGACCGGCAAACUUCCGCAACCCGGGUGGAGCCUCCAGAUGGCACACCGAUCUAGUACACGAACGCCAACCCGCUGGAAUCACGCACCUUCAUAAUGAUACAAUUCCUCCCGUUGGAGGCGACACUCUCUGGGCCAGUGGUUAUUCCGCCUAUGAGAAGCUUUCACCUGACUUCCGAAAAAUCAUUGACGGAAAAUACGCCGUCUACAAGUCUGCCCAUGCUUACUUGGACCGGAACGACCCGGAGGCUGGACCGAAGCAUAUCGAGCGCGCACACCCUCUGGUUCGUGUCCAUCCCGCCACUGGUUGGAAGGCUCUGUGGGUCAACCGCCUCUUUACAGACCGCAUCAUUGGCCUUGACAAAGCCGAGAGCGAUGUCAUUCUCAACUACUUGUUUGACGUAUUUGAGAAGAAUGUGGAUAUUCAGGUCCGGUUCAAGUGGACACCUAACACGAGCGCUCUCUGGGACAACAGAAUCACUAUCCACAACGCAAGCUGGGACUAUGAGGGUAACCACCCACGUCAUGGGACUCGUGUAACUUCUUUGGCAGAGAAGCCUUAUUAUGAUGCAGACGCGCCCACUCGGAGACAAGCUUUGGGAAUCUUGGACAAGGACGAGAGAGAGGCUCUUGGUAUUGAUGCCACGACAAAGGGAUUAAAAGAUUUCUCGUUGUAG